AUCUGGGAUAACUUGUUUUUAUCGCUUGCUAUAAGCGUUACUUAGCAUGCUGUUUUGUGUGUGUCAGGUUGUGGGGAGGUAUGGAGGUGUCUGUCUGUUGAGACAUGAAAUUGAAACUCUCACUUAAGUGUGAGCAAGAGGUGUCUGUCCAGGGCUGACUCGUAAUGAAACCGCGAAGCAGUGUUCAUUUCAUCAAAGUGGCGCAACCCAUUCAUGUAGGCAUGUUGGCACUAAAAACACACACGUUUUUAGAAGUGUUUAUUACAUGUGUUUAUUUAUUUUAUCAUAGCUCCAUGGCUAAAGGGAGUGGUUCCAAUCUGAAAAUAGAGACUACAUCGUGCAGAAAAAAAAAUUAAUUCAGUUACCAAUGGUGCACUUUCACAGUGGCAUUAAUCCAACAAAUCUGACAAUUCUUUUUGUAUGCAAAGGCUGAACGAUAAUGCCUGAUGUUUUAAAUGUCCACUCACAUCUGAACUAGAGACUUUUGAGGUGUUGGGGGUCAGUGUUUGUCUGUCACAGUUACUUCAGCUGUCAGAAUAAUCCUGUACAUAAUAAUCCUGUAAUUCUUCAUAAUUCCGGACGUUUGCCACCUCACUUGUUCAAUGUUGACAGUUAACGCUGAAAUUUAAGAUUUAUCAGAUUCUUUUACCAUUAACACACUGUCUCGGUCUCAGAUGUGUAGUUUUAGCUAACAGCUGCUACUACUCCAGGUUAAAGAAAUCUCUGUUUGUAAACUUUGCUUUCCCUCUGGGUCCUCACUUGAGUAAUUUGAGAUUAAAAAUCUCUUUUACAAGCGAGACCCGGCCAAGAGAACUGCAAGUAUAACCAUCACGUCACCCAGAUAAAAUAUUAAAUAUUUGCUGUGCUUUUACUAUGGGUUAGUUUACUAUUGUUUAUUUUUACUGUGCUUUACCAGACCUCUCUGUGCUUUACGAUGCUUCCCUAUGCUUUACCAAACCUCUCUGUGCUUUACAAUGCUUCCCUAUGCUUUACCAGACCUCUCUGUGCUUUACAAUGCUUCCCUGUGCUUUACCAGACCUCUGUGCUUUACAAUGCUUCCCUAUGCUUUACCAGACCUCUCUGUGCUUUACAAUGCUUCCCUGUGCUUUACCAGACCUCUGUGCUUUACAAUGCUUCCCUAUGCUUUACCAGACCUCUCUGUGCUUUACAAUGCUUCCCUAUGCUUUACCAGACCUCUCUGUGCUUUACAAUGCUUCCCUAUGCUUUACCAGACCUCUCUGUGCUUUACAAUGCUCCCCUAUGCUUUACCAUGCUUUCACUGUGCUUUGCUACACUUUGCUGUGCUUUCACUAACUUCACACAGAGGUGCCUUUCCUGAGCCGCAGGGUACACCCAAGGUCGCUGUGUGCCUUUCCUUCAGGGUGUCCUGAGGGAGUGAGAUGGCGAGCCACGACAGGGAAGCCGCAUUGCUGAGGAGCUGGAAGCCUCGUCUCAUUGAGGUGCUGGGCGCUGAUCCCGAUCUCAUCCUGCAGCACGUGGACUCUCGCUGCCUCCUGACCCUGCCGGAGUACCGGAGCCUCAAAUCCACCCGCGACCCCUCAGAGAAGACCCGGGACCUGCUGGACCGCAUGAUUGACAAGGGGGGUCCAGCGACCAGCAGCUUCCUGGAGAUCCUCCAACUCCCAGACGUGCUGGAGUCCUUCCCAAAGCUGGAGGAGCUUGGGAGAGAAGCUAAAAGGAGAACGGCAAAGAAAAGAAAAGUUGAAGCAGUGGAUACUAGCAAGGACCCCUCUGUGCAAGAUAAAAGAAAUGGACGCUCUUCCGCUGACCGUGUCCAGCAACAGAACUCUGUGAGCAGCUCUGAUCCCUGCAGCAAACACAAAGGGUGCCAGCUCGUCACUGAGCAGCAGCUGAUGCGCCUGUCCGGGAUGGUGGGUCGAGAGUGGAAGCAGGUGGGCAGGCAGCUCCUGGGGAUCCCGACCCACAAGCUGGAGCACUUUGAGGAGGAGAACCCCCGGAGCCGCACGGAGAGGGUGUUCACCAUGCUGCUGUACUGGAGGACCAGGGAAGGGGAGGGAGCGACGGCUUCCAAGCUGCACCAGAGACUGACCGCGGAGGGCUCCCCGAUCCACCCCCAGCCCCUCACCUUCCUCCUGGAGCCUUCAUAGCCGUGCGGGUCACCCCUUCUACAAUUUGCUACAGUUUCCCUGUGGUUGUUUUUGCUCACCUAAGCUUUUACCGUGGUUAACUAUUAUAAGGGAUCUUUUAACCCACAAUUACUAUUUCAAAGAAAUAGUCACUAGUCACCAAUAUAAUAUAUAGUACUAUAUAAUACAUAGCAGGGAGAAGCACCUGGAAAUGUGCUCAUCUAGAAGAGUCUAUAUGGUGUAAGAACAUGUGCUAGAUACCUCUUUUCCACUGUACAGUCUUGAACCCACACCUGGCACUGCUCAGCUCUGAGUCACAUUCACAUGCAUUGUAAGCCCAGUUUUUCAUGGUUUUGGUUCUCGUUCGGCUCAAUAAAUCGCCAGCGAGAAACCACCCGUACCCAGGCUCUCCCCGUCUGGCUGUGCCAGUGGAAAGGGGGUAAGAGAUACCGCUGAGAGCAGUGUGGUCUGUAUUUGUUCCUAAUAUAACAGGGUUUGUAAACGACUGGGUUGGAAAGAUGCUGUGCAGAAGAAUCCAGUGCACCAGCAAGCUCUGAGAUAUCACAGAAGCAAAUAAAGAGGUUCACUUUACUAAACUCGCACAUGAUUUCCUCCCUGUUUUUGUACUAGGUUUUCAUAAACUUAAAAAAAAAAAAAAAGUAAAUAUUUUUUUGUUUGUUUGCUUUUUACAAUUCAAAAAAGUUACGCAACAGUUUAAAACUAAACAUAAGAACAUAAGGAAAGUUUGGGAAGGUCAUUUGGCCCAUCAAGGCUCAUCCCUUAUUAGCGCACCAUUCUCCCCUACAGGGGGGAACUAACUUAAAAGCACAAAAUCUAGUCUUUGUUUUAGAUUAGGCUAUUCCAUGCAGUUAUAACUCUGUGUAAAAAAAAAAAAAAAACUUACUUUUACUCAGCUUCCAUUUCUACCCCCUUGUUCUCUCUGUGCUAAACUUGAAGUCGUGUCUUGGGUUAACUGUCUAGACCAUUAUAUUUGAUAGACUUUAUC